AUGGAGUGCAGAAAAUUCGAAAUAAUCAUUGUUUCGGCCGACAAUCUUCCAGACGUCCGGAGCUUUGGGAGGAUGAAAGUCUACGCGGAGGUGUCUAUCAAUGGAGAACCCGACACAAGCAGGCUUACCACUGUAGACACGGAAGGAGAGACAAAUCCUAGAUGGAACUUCCCUCUCGAAUACACGAUUGAGGAGGCCUCUCUCCAGAAUCCGGAAUUGGUGGUUGGGGUGAAGCUCUAUUGUGAGAGGACACUGGGAGAUAGGUAUAUCGGUGAGGUGAAUAUAUCGGUCAAGGGUCUCUUUGACUAUGGACCUAGGGGUGAAAAUGUGUUGAGCUACACCGUGGAUGGGGCUGGGAACGGGAAGCUUAACAUUUUGUAUAGUUUUGGAAACAAGUUUAUGGCACCAAAGCCCUCCUUUGGAGAGAAGGUGCUUGAUGUUGGGCUCAGCGUGAUGGAACAAGGGACGUUGUUCUUCUUAUCUGAAGACGUUUAA